GUUACAAUGUCAGGCUUUGAUAAUCUCAACACGGAUUUCUACCAGACAAGUUACAGCAUCGAUGACCAGUCUCAGCCGUCCUAUGAUUAUGGUGGAAGUGGAGGACCAUAUAGCAAACAGUAUGGUGGCUAUGACUACUCGCAGCAAGGCCGAUUUGUCCCUCCAGAUAUGAUACCAACACAGCAGCCAUACACUGGGCAGAUCUUUCAGCCACCUCCAGCCUACACUUCAACUACACCUCAGUCAUUCUAUGGUAACAACUUCGAGGAUGAACCACCUUUAUUAGAAGAGUUAGGUAUCAAUUUUGACCAUAUCUGGCAAAAAACACUUACAGUAUUGCAUCCAUUAAAAGUAGCAGAUGGCAGCAUCAUGAAUGAGACUGAUUUGGCUGGACCAAUGGUUUUUUGUCUUGCCUUUGGAGCCACUUUGUUACUGGCCGGCAAAAUCCAAUUUGGCUAUGUGUAUGGAAUCAGUGCAAUUGGAUGUCUAGGAAUGUUUUGUUUAUUAAACUUAAUGAGUAUGACAGGUGUUUCAUUUGGUUGUGUAGCAAGUGUCCUUGGAUAUUGUCUUCUUCCCAUGAUCCUGCUUUCCAGCUUUGCAGUAGUAUUUUCUCUGCAAGGAAUGGUUGGAAUCAUUCUCACUGCUGGAAUUAUUGGAUGGUGUAGUUUUUCUGCUUCCAAAAUUUUUAUUUCUGCAUUAGCCAUGGAAAGACAACAACUUCUAGUAGCAUAUCCUUGUGCAUUGUUAUAUGGAGUCUUUGCCCUAAUUUCCAUCUUUUGAACUGAAUUUAUCUCAUGGACAUCAGUGGGCAGAAACUCACAAAAAGGACCUUGAACUCUUAAAUCGGACCAGCAAAUUGCUACAGCACCAUCCUCAUGCAGAUUUAACAAUUUAACAAUUGGAGCAAUGGAAGUAAACAUGUAUUGUCUGUUCGUUUUUAUAGAACUUUUCAGUACUUUACUGGGUUCACUUGCAGUGUGACUAGCUUUAAUUGUUCAUGGUUAUACAAAUAAAAUGUACUGUUUCUUUCUUGUUCCUGUUGCCUUUAGAAAAACAGCUUUUUUUCUUCUAAAUGAGAAUAUGAUGAUUUUGAUAGAUUUUUAUCACCUGUGGGAAGCUAACCACAGCGCUGGUAAUCUUUCUAGAAACAACCCAGCCAUAGUAAAGAAAACACAAGAC